CUCUCUCUCUCUCUCACCCUUCCUAUUUAUCCUCUUUACCAUCUUACUUGUCAACAAUUAUUUUUUAUUUCGCAAUAAUAAACAUAGAUAUCGAACGAGAGUGCGUCUUUACUUAUCGCAAAAGCAUAUAAUACAAGAAUCCAAUAAUUAUCGCUCAUACGAAUAAUAUCGAACAGUAUAGAAAAAAAUUGCGACGCGAGAAGAUCAUUUCAUGAAUUUGCUCGAAAUACAGUGUGCGUGAACAUUGAAAUACGGAUUUUUAAACAUUGGUCUACUUUCGAUUUCAUUCGAGACACAAGUGUAUAAUUGAUUAGAAAUAAAACAAAACAAAAAAAAAACAAACCAUGAGUUUGUUAAUGCUCGUACUCGCAUUAUGCGGAAUAUUGACAUUGUAUAUUUAUUGCCGCAAAAUAUAUAGUUAUUGGAAUAGACAAGGUAUACCAGAGGUACCAUAUUCCUUACCAAUCAUUGGUCACUUGUUACCAUUAUUAUUAUUACAAAAAAGUAUUCCGCAAAUGGUAAUGAAUUGGUAUGAUCGUUACAAGAAAAACAGUAUGGUUGGUUAUUACGAUGGUACGGUACCCGGAUUAUUGAUAAAGGAUCCUGAAUUGAUUAAGAUGGUACUGCAAACGAAUUUCACGAAUUUCCAUGAAAACGCAAUGAAGAUCGACAAAGAUAUAGAUCCAUUGAUCGCCAAGAAUCCAUUUUUUUUAAACGGAGAAGAAUGGUUGAUCAAUAGGAAAAGAUUGACCUAUGCGUUUUCGAGUAUGCGAUUGAAAAUCUUAUCAGAGACUAUACGUAAAGUUUGUAAGAAGUUCGACGAUUAUUUGUAUAAAAAGAUCGAAGAUGAUCAAAGGAUCGAAUUCGAGACAAAGGAUCUAUUCAGUAGAUUUACUGGUGAAGUUGUCGCCAAUGCAGGAUACGGCAUUGAAGGUUUUUGUUUCGAUGAUAAUUAUAAUCCACAAUCGUUCCAUGAGAUGGGUAAGAAGAUAUUCAGGACAGGUUGGUUUCAAAGUGCUUUGCAAUCACUAAUAUUUUUCGUUCCGUUUCUAAAUAAUUAUUUAAAAAUACAUUUAAUACAAAAGGACAUUGAUCAUUACUUUCGAACGAUCGUUAAACAGAUAAUAGAGAAAAGAAGUGAAGAGAAAGAAAAGCGUAAUGAUUUUUUUCAAUUAAUGAUCGAUCUUGAAAAAAGUAAAAAUCAAAAGAUCAACGAGGAAUCAUUGUCGGCAAAUGCAUUAACGUUCUUCGUCGAUGGUUACGAAACAUCAUCGAUUACAUUGAGCUACAUUUGUUUCGAAUUAUCGAUACAUUGCGACAUACAAGAAAAACUUCGGAAUGAAAUCAAACAAGUAUUGGACAAACAUAAAGGAGAGAUUACUUAUGAUUCCUUAAAAGAGAUGACGUAUCUGGAUCAAGUGAUUAACGAAUCGCAAAGAUUGAAUACGUUGUUGGAUGUAAUGGGAAAAAUAUGUACCGAUGGUAUUCAAUUGAAAGGUAAUGAUGGUUUAACAUGUACAAUCGAACCAGGAACAAAAAUGAUUAUACCAGUUCGUUCGUUACAAAGAGAUCCUAAAUAUUGGAUCAAUCCGGAAGCAUUUGAUCCAGAUCGAUGGAACGAACAAAGGAAAUCUAAAAUUAAUAAAUAUUGCUUUUUACCGUUCGGUGAAGGACCAAGAAUUUGUGUUGGUAUUAGAAUGGCAUUGUUACAGAUCAAAGCUGCCAUUGUGACCCUAUUAAUGAAAUAUAAAAUAGAAAGAAAUUCAAGAAGCUGUUAUCCAAUUAAAAUCCAUAAGUUUGGUAUAUUAUCGACACCGAUGGACGGUCUUUGGGUUUAUCUGAGACGUCUUAUACAUACGAGAUACAAUCAGGAUACAGAGUCAGACACAACCUGGAUGCAAGCAAGACACAACACAGAUGCAACCAGAAUCCAUUCAGGACACAGCCUAGAUGCAACCAAGAUGCAACCAGGAUACAAUCUUGAUGUAACCAGAAUGCAAUCAGGAUACAAUUCAGAUGCAACCAGGCUGCAAGCAGGACACAAUUCAGAUGCAACCAAGUUGCAAGCAGGAUACAACUUAGAUGCAACCAAAAUCCAUUCAGGGUACAGUCCAGAUGCAACCAGGAUGCAACCAGAAUACAACGUUGAUGUAAACAGGAUGCAAUCAAGACACAAUUCAGAUUCAACCAGGAUGCAAUCAGGCCAUGAAAUCGGUAAAAAAAUAUUCAAAGAUGCCAUUGCGACCCUAUUAAUGAAAUAUAAUAUAGAAAGAAAUUCAAGAAUUGAAUAUCCAAUUGAUAUCGACGUUUUGACUAUACUCUCUAUACCUACUGGCGGACUUUGGAUUUAUCUUAGACAAAUAAAACAAAACAAAAAAAAACAAACCAUGAGUUUGUUAAUGUUCGUACUCGCAUUAUGCGGAAUAUUGACAUUGUAUAUUUAUUGUCGCAAAAUAUAUAGUUAUUGGAAUAGACAAGGUAUACCAGAGGUACCAUAUUCCUUACCAAUCAUUGGUCACUUGUUACCAUUAUUAUUAUUACAAAAAAGUAUUCCGCAAAUGGUAAUGAAUUGGUAUGAUCGUUACAAGAAAAACAGUAUGGUUGGUUAUUACGAUGGUACGGUACCCGGAUUAUUGAUAAAGGAUCCUGAAUUGAUUAAGAUGGUACUGCAAACGAAUUUCACGAAUUUCCAUGAAAACGCAAUGAAGGUCGACAAAGAUAUAGAUCCAUUGGUAGCCAAGAAUCCAUUUUUUUUAAAAGGAGAAGAAUGGUUGAUCAAUAGGAAAAGAUUGACCUAUGCGUUUUCGAGUAUGCGAUUGAAAAUCUUAUCAGAGACCAUACGUAAAGUUUGUAAGAAGUUCGACGAUUAUUUGUAUAAAAAGAUCGAAGAUGAUCAAAGGAUCGAAUUCGAGACAAAGGAUCUAUUCAGUAGAUUUACUGGUGAAGUUGUCGCCAAUGCAGGAUACGGCAUUGAAGGUUUUUGUUUCGAUGAUAAUUAUAAUCCACAAUCGUUCCAUGAGAUGGGUAAGAAGAUAUUCAGGAUAGGUUGGUUUCAAAGUGCUUUGCAAUCAAUAAUGUUUUUCCUUCCGUUUCUAAAUAAUUAUUUAAAAAUACAAUUUAUACCGAAGGACAUUGAUCAUUACUUUCGAACGAUCGUUAAACAGAUAAUAGAGAAUAGACGUGAAGAGAAAGAAAAGCGUAAUGAUUUUUUUCAAUUAAUGAUCGAUCUUGAAAAAAGUGAAAAUCAAAAGUUCGACGAGGAAUCAUUGUCGGCAAAUGCAUUAUCGUUCUUCGUCGAUGGUUACGAAACAUCAUCGGCUACCUUGAGUUUCAUUUGUUUCGAAUUAUCGAUACAUUGCGACAUACAAGAAAAACUUAGGAAUGAAAUCAAACAAGUAUUGGAUAAACAUCAAGGAGAGAUUACUUAUGAUUCCUUAAAAGAGAUGACGUAUCUGGAUCAAGUGAUUAACGAAUCGCAAAGAUUGAAUACGGUGUUGGAUGUAAUGAGCAAAAUAUGUACCGAUGGUAUUGAAUUGAAAGGUAACGAUGGUUUAACAUGUACAGUUGAACCAGGAACAAAAAUGAUUAUACCAGUUCGUUCAUUACAUAGAGAUCCUAAAUAUUGGAUCAAUCCAGAAGCGUUUGAUCCAGAUCGAUGGAACGAGCAAAGGAAAUCUGAAAUUAAUAAAUAUUGCUUUUUACCGUUCGGUGAAGGUCCAAGAAUGUGCGUUGGACUUAGGAUGGCAUUGUUACAGAUGAAAGCUGCAAUUGCGACGCUAUUAAUGAAAUAUAAAAUAGAAAGAAAUUCAAGAACCUGUUAUCCAGUUAAAAUCCAUAAAUUUGGUAUAUUGUCGACACCGAUCGACGGUCUUUGGGUUUAUCUGAGACGUCUUUGAAAAAAAAAGAA